GCAGAGCUUAACGUGAAGAGGAUGGAUCUAAUUAUCUGUGUUUUGGGGCUGCUGGCGCUGGUCGUGGACGGCAUCCGUUGCCAAGGAGUUUACGCGCCUCCCUCCGUCCGCAUCAUCCACUCGGGCCACGCCUGCAACGUGGAAGAGGAGAGGCACGCGGAGAGGGUCUACACCAUCCGAGAGGGAGAGACCCUGGAGCUCACCUGUCUGGUGACGGGGCAUCCUCGACCGCAGAUCCGGUGGACCAAGACGGCCGGCAGCGUGUCGGACCGCUUCCAGGACUCCAGCGUGUUCAACGAGACGUUGCACAUCGCCAAGAUCCUGAGGACCCAGGGAGGUCGCUACUACUGCAAGGCCGAGAACGGCCUCGGGUCCCCGGCCAUCAAGUCCAUCCGGGUGGACGUCUACUACCUCGACGACCCGGUGGUGACGGUGCACCAGAGCAUCGGAGAGGCGAAGGAGCAGUUCUACUACGAGAGGACGGUGUUCCUGCGCUGCGUGGCCAACUCCAACCCGCCCGUCCGCUACAGCUGGCACCGCGGGCGGGAGGUCCUGACGCAGGGCUCGGACAAGGGGGUGGAGAUCUACGAGCCCUUUUUCACUCAGGGGGAAACGAAGAUUUUGAAGCUGAAGAACCUGCGACCUCAAGACUACGCCAACUACAGCUGCGUCGCCUCCGUCAGGAAUGUGUGCGGGAUCCCCGACCGCAGUGUCAUCUUCAGACUCACCAAUAAGACAGCCUCGCCGUCCAUCAAGCUGCUGGUGGAGGAUCCCAUCGUGGUCAACCCGGGCCAAACGGUGUCCCUGGUGUGCAUCGCCACGGGCGGAGAGCCGUCCCCCAUCCUCACCUGGAUCAGCAGCAAUGAAAGCCUGCCGCAGAGGAGCGUGGUGAAGGGGGGCACGCUCACCCUGCCGGCCAUCACCACGGACGAGGCGGGGGUCUACAGCUGCGUGUCCAGCAACAACGUGGGGAACCCGGCCAAGAAGUCCACCACCAUUGUGGUGCGAGCUCUGAAAAAGGGGCGAUUCUGGAUCACUCCAGACCCCUACCACAAUGACGACAACAUCCAGAUCGGACGCGAAGUCAAGAUAUCUUGUCAGGUGGAGGCGACCCCACCGGAAGAGCUGACGUUCAGCUGGCUGAAGAACGGCCGCGCCCUGCGGAGCUCUGAGCGAAUGGUCAUCACCCAGACGGACCCCGACAUCUCCCCCGGGACCACCAACCUGGACAUCAUCGACCUCAAGUUCACCGACUUCGGCACGUACACCUGCGUGGCGGCGCUGAAGGGCGGGGGCAUCCCCGAGAUCAGCAUCGACGUCAACAUCUCUUCCACAACUGUUCCCCCCAACCUGACAGUCCCUCGGGGCAAGUCCCCCCUGGUGGCCCGCGAGGGUGACACAGUGGAGCUGGAGUGCCUUGUUUCAGGGAAGCCCAAGCCCAUCAUCCUGUGGUCGCGGGCCGACAAGGAGGCGCCCAUGCCGGACGGCAGCAUGCAGAUGGAGAGCUACGACGGCGUGCUGCGUAUUGUUAAUGUGUCCAGGGAGAUGACCGGCUCGUACCGCUGCCAGACCAGCCAGUUCAACGGGUUCAACGUGAAGCCCCGGGAGGCCGUGGUGGAGCUCAUCGUGCAAUACCCUCCGACGGUGGAGCCGGUCUACAUGGAGAUGCGUCAGGGCCUGGGGAGGCCCGUGGUGAUGACCUGCAGGGUGCUGCGGGCGCACCCUUCCCGGGUGCUGCGGUUCGAGUGGCUCCUCUCCAACCGGCUGCUGCACGCCGGGGCCUUCGACGCCCAGAGAGACGAGACGGAGUACACCAUCCGCAGCCUGAACCGGGACGGCUGGGGGGAGUACACCUGCAACGUCAUCAACGAGGCGGGCGCUGGCAAAUGCACCUUCCAGGUCACAGGCAAGGCCUACCCUCCGGAGUUCUACUACGACACCUACAGCCCUCUGUGGCAGAACAGGCCCCGGGUCUACGGCUUCAAGCUCCAGUGGACCCAGAUGAACCCCAACGCUGUGGACCGCAUCGUCGCCUACCGACUCGGCAUCAGACAGAUGGGGCUGCAGCGCUGGUGGGAGCAGGAGAUCCCGGUGGACGGAGCCAUCAACAAAGGAGAGCUCAUGACACACAACCUGACGGAGCUCAUAAAGCCCGAGUCCUACGAGGUGCGCCUCACUCCCAUCACGCGUUUCGGAGAGGGCGACUCCACCAUCCGGAUCGUCACGUACAGCGGUGAGUAA